GCAGCCCGGAGAGACAGAGGCCAGACAACUGUUGUCAGCAAGUGGCCAGCGACAGUGGAAAGGAGGCGCCCAGUUAACUCACGGGGUCAGAAUCCAUCGGAGUCCUGGCAGCUCCAGCCGACGCUCCCUGUGGAUGCCUGGGCACUGGGUGGCAGCGUCCGCCCACCCCCGGCUCCGUACUCAGAAUGUCCUGCACUGAGGCCUCACAGCAGUCACAGACCAUCUCGGCAGGAGCCACCACUGUCAUCGCUUUGGAUCCCGCUGGGCAUCGCCGUGGCUCCACAGAGGGUGACCUGGAGUGCCUGGUGUGUCGAGAGUCCUACAAUUGUGCCCGGUCACCUAAACUGCUGAGCUGUCAACACACCUUCUGCGCCGUGUGCCUUAAGCUCCUGCUAUAUGUGCAAGAGGAUACCUGGUCCAUCACCUGCCCACUGUGCCGAAAAGUCACAGCCGUCCCUGGAGGCCUCAUCUGUAGCCUGCGAGACCAGGAGGCUGUGGUGGGGCAGCUGGCCUUGACAUGCCCGGAGGUGCGGCUCUGUCCCCAGGGGCUGGCGGGGCCGACCUCUUCGGCAACAAGGCCCUCCAACCUGACCGGAGAGGAUGAACAGGACGUGGGCAGUGUCAACCGCGUGGCUGCCCGGCGCCUGGCCGUGCACCUGCUCCUGCUAGCCCUCCUCAUCAUCCUCAUCCUGCCCUUCAUCUACCCGGGUGUCAUCCGGUGGGUGCUGGCCUGUAUCAUUGCCCUGGCCCUGCUAAUGUCCACCCUUUUCUGCUGUCACCCCCACAGUCAGCCCGACAGCUGGCCCUGCACCAGGACUCUAUUCUGCCAAGAACAGAAACAAAGCCAGAUUGCUUCCAUUGCCUGAGAGCCCCACAGGUCUCUGCGGUCCUGACAGCCCCGCAGGCCCCUGGAUUUCACAAGCAACAGGGUAAGGGGCUAGGAGCUAAGUCAGCCUCCCUCCGAGAUCAUAGGUCAGCUGGACUUGCAUGCCAAACCCAGACUGGCCGUAUUGGAUCAAGAACUCUGUGCUGGGACAGUGGACUUGCACCUUGCCUUGAAUAGCCCAGCUAAACCCUUAGGAGGGAGGGGAGGUGGCAAGACCCACUUGAAUGCUACAAGAGGGCUUCCUAGACCCUUUAUUCUGAUGCCCCUGAGUUUUCUGUCUAUCACUUGGUGGAAGUAUCAAGAUAUUAACCUCACUACAGA